AUGUUUAUCCAGGGAUCGACUAUCGGGGAUGCAGAAACGGAAUUGUUUAACAUAAAUAUAUUGGAGCGAUUGUCAUUGUCAAAGAUCGAAGGUUUAUUAAUCAGACCUUUAAAGUCUGGUGAUUACGAUAGAGGUUUUCUUCAACUGUUAACUCAACUGACUGAAGUUGGAAAUGUUAAUAGAGAACAAUUCCUGAAUCGUUUUCAUAUGAUGAGAACCACUGGUAGCUACUAUAUUAUUGUGGUAGAAGAUGUGAGCAUUGGAAAGAUUAUAGCAAGUGCUACAUUAGUCGCAGAACAAAAGUUUAUUCAUAAUUGUGCCAUGAGGGGACGUUUAGAAGAUGUGGUGGUAAAUAACAAAUAUAGGGGUAAACAUCUGGGCAAAUUAGUAGUAAAUAUAGUAUUGCAACUAGCACGUUACUUGCACUGUUACAAAUUAUCAUUAGAUUGUAAAGACCAUCUGAUACCAUUUUAUGAAAGUCUAGGUUUCAAACGUGAACCUAGCAAUGCUAAUUAUCUCAAUAUCAGAUUUCCUAAUGAAAACACUACAGAGCAAUCUCAUUUAUGACAAUAAACAAUGUUUUAACAAUUUUACA